UGCUGCCUGCGUCACGGCCCGUCCCACUUGGUGAAGGUCCCGGCUGCCACAGUCCUGGCUUAUAAAGAGUCUCGGAACCCGUUUGCGACUCCCACGUCCGACUGCUUUGUCCAGACCUUGUUUUUGUUUCGCGCGCGAGCCAUGUCUCUGGGGGGUGAAGUGUGCGUGGUGACGGGAGCGUGUGGCUUCCUGGGAGAGAGGCUGAUCAGGACCAUCUUGGACCAGGAAAAGGUGGCCGAGAUCCGACUGCUGGACAUGAAGGUCCGAACACAACUGCUGCAAAGUCUGGACGACUGCAAAGGCGAAACGAAGCUCAGCGUGUUCGAGGGCGACAUCCGGGACGCCGACUUCCUGAGGAGAGCCUGUCGGGGAGCGUCGCUGGUCUUCCACAUCGCCGCCAUUAUCGACGUGAUCAACGCGGUGGACCCCGACGAGAUCUACAGUGUCAACGUCAAAGGUACACAACUGCUUCUGGAGGCGUGCCUCCAAGAGAGCGUGGCGUCCUUAAUUUACACCAGCACCAUCGAGGUAAUGGGCCCCAACCCCGAAGGCGAGCCUGUUGUCAAUGGUGACGAGGACCUGGUCUACAAAAGCGCCCUCAAGUUCUCCUACAGCAAGACCAAGAAGGAGGCGGAGGACAUAAGUCUGCAGGCCAACGGUGAGCUGCUCCACAACGGGGGGCGGCUGGCCACCUGCGCCCUGAGGCCCAUGUUCAUCUACGGCGAGGGCAGCCGCUUCCUGCUGGGCCACAUGGUGGACGGUCUGAAGAACAAGGACGUGCUCUACAGAACCUCGCUCCCCGAGGCCAAGGUCAACCCCGUCUACGUCGGCAACGUGGCCGCCGCCCACCUCCAAGCCGCCCGCAGCCUCAAAGAGCCGUGGCGGAGAAGCGAGGUCGGGGGACAGUUCUACUUCGUGUCCGACGACACGCCGCACGUCAGCUACUCGGACUUCAACCACGUCAUGAUGGCGCCGCUGGGCUUUCGCAUCCAGGACCGCCUCAUGGUACCGCUGCGCCUCUUCUACCUGGUCUGCUUCUUCAUUGAGGUGGCGUGCAUGCUGCUGCGGCCCUUCUACCGCCUGGUGCCGCCAAUAACCCGCGAUCUGCUCACCAUGCUCAACACGCCCUUCAGCUUCUCCUACCAGAGAGCCAGGAGAGAGCUGGGCUACAUGCCCACGUACAGCUGGCAGGAGGCGCGCAUUAACACCAUCCAGUGGCUCGCCGAGGAGCUGCCCAAGGAAAGAGAAAAACUCUGGAAGAAAUGAAUGCAGACUAUCCGGAAAAGGAGGGGUGGGGGGGUCCAAACUUUUCCACUCAAAUUGGGAGGGGGAUUUACCUGACAUAUGAAACGUGACGAAAAACACGUUUUAGCCGGCAGAUGGCAGUAGAGUGUUGAAUAUUUUAAAAUGAGCACAGCUUUAAGCACAGUUGCGAUGCAGAGUGGCAUUUUCCAUCAUUUUCAGCAGACUGCAUUGCAAAAUGAUUAUCCCCCACUCUUCCUCUCAACCACCCAAAAACAGGGCCAUAUGAAUCCCUUCCUUGCUGUAUACUGAAUAUGAAAGAAUGCAGUGCCCAUUUUCAUUAUUUUCAUUAUCAAACCAAUACAAUUUAUUCAUUUUUUUUUUUUUUACCGUGAGGGCACUCGGGACUCAAAAGGGUCCCACUCGCAAAAAUGUUAAAACAAAAGUAUUUUUUUACUAUCAUUAUUCAACACUUACAGUAAAUAUGUAGAUCAACUUAAGGUCUAUCCGUCGAUACAAAGUUAACAUUUUUUAAAUGUUUUAUGCCCUUUUUGUCAAAGAAAACUUAUGGCAAACGCAAAAUAUGCAAUAAAUUCCCUUAAAAAAUGUAAAGUAAAUAUUUCAUGUGAAGUAUUUGUAGCCGUAAAUAGGUCAAUAAUUAAUAGCAAUAUGGAUUUGGAUUGAUUUAUAUUUUUGGAGCAAUGACAGUUUAAAAAUAAAUAAAUCACACUAAAAAUGUUGGGGAUUCAAAAGGGUCCCACUCAUAAACAUUUUAAAAACAAGUCUUUUUUUUGUAUUAUUAUUUCAACGCGUACGGUAAAGCUGUAAAUCAACUUCAGUUCUAUCUGUCGAUUCAACGUUAAAACAUUUUAUUUUUUAGUUGUAUGCACUUUUUGGCAAACAAAACAGUUCUUUAUGGCAAAAACACAAAAUAUGCAAAAUUCCCCCCCAAAUUUUUUUAAGUGAAUAUUUGAUGUGAAGUAAUUGGAGCCUUAAAUCAGUCAAUAAUUCAUAAAAACAUUGAUCUGCAUUAAUUAUUGUUUUUUGGAGCAAUGACAGUUUAAAAAAAAAAAAUAAAUAAAUAAAUAAAAAUAAAAAUCACACUAAAAUUCUUGGGGAUCCAAAAGGGUCACACUCAUAAAAUUUUUCAAAAGAAGUCUUUUUUUUAUUGUUAAUAUUUUUUCAACGCUCACAGUAAAUCGGUUGAUCAACUUGAAAGUUAAAACAUUUUUUCAAUCUUUUAUACCCUUUUUGUCAAAGAAAACCCUGUUUAUUAUGGCAGAAACACAAAAUAAGCUAAAUUUACUCCCCCCCAAAAAAUGUAAAGUGAACAUUUGAUGUGAAGUAAUUGGAGCCCUAAAUAGGUCAAGAAUUCAUAACAUUGAUUUUGAUUCAUUAUUAUUUUUGGAGCAGUGAUAGUUAAAAAGAAUUGCACUAUAAUUCUUGAUUUUUUUUUUGUGGAUCAACAUCAGGUUUAUCUGUUGAUACAAAGUUAAAACAUUUUUUAAAUUUUUUUUUUUUUGCUUUAUUUGUCAAAGAAAACUUUGUUUUUAUGGGCAGAAACACAGAUUAUGGAAUAUUUGAUGUGAAGUAAUUGGAGCCUUAAAUAGGUCAAAAAUUCAUAACAACAUUAAUUGAAAUUCAUCAGUAUUUUUGGAGCAAUGAUAGUUAAAAAAAAAUGCACUAAAAUUCUUGGGGAUCAAAAAGGGUCCCACUCAUAAUAAUGUUAAAAACAAGUAUUUUUUACUAUUAUUAUUAUUAUUAUUAUUAAACGCUCACAGUAAAUCUGUAGAUCAACUUCAGGUUUAUCUAAAAAGUAAAAAAAAAAAAUUUAAGUUUUAUGCUUUUUGUCAAAGAAAACCCUGUUUUCUUAUGGCAAAAAGACAAAAUAUUCAAAGUUGUCCCACCAAAAAAUACCCGAGUGAAAAUUUUAUGUACGUGGAGCCUUAAAUAGGUCCAUAAUUAAUUACAACUUUGAUUUUAAUUCAUCAUUAUUUUUAGAGCAAUGACAGUCUUGGGGAUCCAAAAGGGUCCCACUCUUAAAAAUGUUAAGAACAAGUAUUUAAAAAAAAAACACACAUUAUUUAAUUAUUAUUCGGAUCAAUUUCAGGUCUGUCUGUCAGUACAAAGUUAAAACAUAUAACUUUGUAUUUGACACAUACUAACUGUGUGCAUGCUAACUGUUUUGUUUUUGUUUUUUUUUUAGCUAAUUUUACAUGUGUACACUUACUAUUCAUAGAACUUGGUACUUGAUGCAUUAUAACUGUUAACAUGCUAACAUUAUCCCUGCGAUGAGGUGGCGACUUGUCCAGGGUGUACCCCGCCUUCCGCCCGAUUGUAGCUGAGAUAGGCGCCAGCGCCCCCCGCGACCCCGAAAGGGAAUAAGCGGUAGAAAAUGGAUGGAUGGAUGGAUGCUAACAUUAGCAUGAUAGCAUGUUAUCAUUACUAUGCUAACUUUUUUUUUGUGGCUAAUUUUCAGCUUAACACACCAGUCGUAAAACUUGGUAAUUGACACAUGCUAACUGUUAGCAUGCUAACUUUUUUUUCUUAGCCAAUUUUACAUGUGUACGCUUCCAAGUCAUACAACUUGGUACUUGAUGUAUUAUAACUGUUAGCAUGUUAACCCUUUUAGCCAAAUUUGCAGCCAAACCCCUCAGAGGCAUGUAACUUGGUACUUGACACAAUGCUAACUGUCAGCAUGCAAACUUUUUGUUAUUUUUUGGGUAAGUUUACUAGUGUACAUUUCCUAUUCAUAUAACUUGGUACUUGAUGCACUAUAACUGUUAGCAUGCUAACCUGCUUCACCAAUUUUGCAGCCGAACGCCUGAGAGUCAUAUAACUUGAUACUUGACACAUGCUGACUGUUAGCAUGCUAACAUUAACAUGCUAGCAAGCAAACAUUAUUAUGCUAACUUUUUUUAGCUAAUUUAAAGCAUAACACCUCAGUCAUAUAACUUGGUUUAUUGACACAAGCUAACUGUUAGCAUGCUAACUUUUUUAUAGCUACUUUUACAUAUGUACACUUUUUGUAGUCAUACAACUUGGUACUUGAUGCUUCAUACGUUUUAGCAUGCUACGGUUUGCAUUUAAAUUUGGCUUGCAAAUUUUAGCAUUAGCAUUAUACACAAUAUUUAAAGUCACAUUUUUGAAAAUAUCACAAGUGUAAAAAGAAAUUAACCCCAGUAUAAAACAACCAAGAUCAGCUACAACUGUCCAUGUAAAGUGAAUAAUCUCUUCCGUGGUCAUACUACAGACAUCAUAAAAACCUUUAAUAAGAAUACACAAUGUUUUAGGUCACAUUUUUAAAUGUCACGCAAGUGUAAAAAAAAAAUAAAUAAAUAACUUUUUCCACUUCCAAUAUGAUACUGUUAUCGGAGCCUUGAGUAUUGUCCGAAACCAAUAUUGAUACAAUAUCAGCAGGACUCACAUCCAUCCAUCCAUUUUCUACCGCUCAUUCCCUUUGGGGUUGCGGGGGGCGCUGGUGCCUAUCUCAGCAGGACUCACACAUUCUUUUUUAUUUUGUAGUGUUGAACCUACAAAAAGGUUUAAUCAACAGUAGCUAUAAAGGUUUUACGGUAUACCGGUCUCAGUAUAGUAUCGCGGUACUAAUGAAUUAAGAAAGGGUACUAUACUCUGUUUGAAAAGUACCGGUCCCCGAGUGUGUCGACAGAAAAGGGAGAACAGACGCAUUUUGGCGUAAAAACUAACGAUAAAGGUGAAGUUAUAACACUGUAACGCCCUCAGGAAGAGGAGUUUUGAGACAUGGCCAGCUAGCUAGUGGUGAACAUCCAUCCGCAGUCGGCAGUGUUUUAGCUACUUCUGAAUCACUAAUUCUUGCCUCCAUGGUGACAAAUAAAGUAAGUUUCUUACAAGUAUCAUCCCUGCAGGACGAGGAAUAGCUAAACAUGCUUCACUACACACCGUAGGAGGAUACAAUAGCUAACUGCUAACAGCAAGCUAGCACCCUGAAUGUAAACAAAUGCCAUGGAUGGAUCUACACCUGACAUCCACUGUAAUGAUACAAAGUACAAUAGCGUAUCUAGUCGAAACUACUAUAAUUACAUUGAUAUUUUUUACCGUCACAAAAUCUUUUUUCCUUUUUAAAAAUGUAUAUUAUGUUUAUAAAUAAUACAUCUCUGGACACAUGAAGACUUUGAAUAUGACCAAGGUAUGAUCCUGUAACGACUUUGUAUCGGAUCCAUACCUCAAUUUGUGGUAUCAUCCAAAACUAAUGUAAAGUAUCCAAACAACAGAACAAUGACUGAUCAUUACAUUUUAACAAAAGUGUAGAUAGAACAUGUUGAAACAUAAAGUAUGGAUGGAAUGGAAGAAUGGAUUAAUAAUCCAUUUUUACAGCUUGUCUCUCAUAAUUUUGACAAAAUAGAAUGGUAAAUGACACAAUAUGUUACUGCAUAUGUCAACAGACAAAUUAGGAGUCUUGGUUUGCUUACUUACUACUAAAAGACACGUUUUCUUGUAUGUUCAUUAUUUUAUUUAAGAACUCAAUUGUUCAUUGAUUGCAAUAAUAAACAUAUGUUGAAUGUAUCCUAAGAUUUCUUGUUAAAAUAAAGCCAAUAAUCCAA